AUGUUCUUACAAGCAAUGAAAUUGAAAGACAAUAGGUAUGGUUUACUAUAAUAAAGAUUGGAGCCUAUUCAAUUAAAGUAUAGUCCAAAAGAACCUAGAUAACAUACUCCAGAAGGUUUGACUAAGAUUGGUAUGUUCAACAGUACUCAAUUUCAGAGGAAACAAUCAGUUGAAAAACGUAAACUUAGCAGUUAAGCAGAAGGAAAAAGACCUUAAUCAUCUGUACAAAGAAUACCUAGAACUGCGUUUUUGAAAAAUACAUUUACAGCAUAAUAUGUUGUAAUGAUGAUUAUAAAAACAGGUAGUUCUUUUGUGAAAAUGGAAAUAAUGGUGCUUUGGUUAGGAGAAUUUUAUAAGGAAGAGGUUGGUUUGCUGAAUAGUAAACAAGUUUUAAGUAAGUUAUAGAUUAAUAAUUUUAGUGUAAACUUUAUAUGGAAACAAUCAAAUAAGGGAUUUAAUUAUUCUACUCUUACUUAGAAGAAAGUUUGCAUUAAUCAUCUUGAACAUCAUCAUGAGAUUUCAAAUAAAAAUAAAUUACAUGAUAAUCUCAAAAUGCAUUGUUAAAGAAUUAAUAAGAAUAUGGAUGAUUUUGUACCUAUUACAUUCUCAAUUAACUUGGAUUCAAUGACACUUUAAUGGGAUCUCAAGAAAUUUGUGGAUUUUUUCAUUUCAAUAAAGAAAGAAGGAAAUUAGAAGAAUCUUUGGUUAUUGAAACCACCAGAUCUUAAUAGAGGAAGAGGAAUUUAAUUAUUUUCUGAUCUUAGGGUGUUUAUAAAUUAAGUAGAGGAAUUCUGUAAAAUUAGAAGUUUGAAUUCAAAAACUAAAAGUUCAUCAAAAGGAGCUAGAGGAGUUACAAUUACAUAUCCAGACUCUAAUGAAAGUAAAUUAUUUUAUUCAUUACAAAGAAUCCGGUUAAGCUCAAAUUAGUUUUACAAUAGAUCAAUCUACUAGUAAUGAUCGUAUUAUAGUUUUAUAAAAGUACUUAGAAACGCCUCUUUUGUAUAAUGGUAGAAAAUUUGAUUUUCGAGUUUGGGUACUUAUUGAUCAUACAUCAAAAUACUAUUUCUUUAAGGAAGGGUAUAAUAUAUUUAUUAUUAUAGAUAUCUACGUUUAGCUAGUGAGUAAUUUGAUGUAAAUAAUCUGAAAUCUCUAUACAUACAUUUAACAAAUAAUGCAGUGUAAAAGAAUCAUCCAAGUUACGGAAAGUAUGAAUUAGGGAAUCAAUUGAGUCUUUAAGAUUUACAACAUUAUUUAAAUUAACAGAGAAAUACUAAAGUAUCUUCAGCAGGGAUUAUUCUAAAAAUGAAAGAAUUAAUUCAUUAAACGAUAUAUUGUGCUGGAUCUAAAUUGCGUGACAGUUGAUAUAUGUAUCUUAAUUUUUAGAUCGCAAGGAUUUCUAGUUUGAAAUAUUUGGUUACGAUUUUAUGGUGGAUAAAAAUGGGCAUAUUUGGUUGAUCGAGAUUAAUACUAAUCCUUGCAUUGAAGAAAGCAGUCCACUUUUAUAAAAGUUAAUACCGAGAAUGUUAAGUAACUAAUUGAAUGAGUAGUAGAUGAUGCAUUUAGAUUAACAAUAGAUAAAAUAUUUCCUCCUUUCAAAACUACACAAGAGAACUUUCUUUCAAAUUUACAUGAAUAUGCUAUUCCUGGAUAUAGUGAUAAAGAUAUCUUAUGGGAUUACAUGGGAUAAAUUUGA